UUGAAAUUAAACCCUAACAAAAGCUCGUCAUCCCAGUUUCAGACAGUAGCUAGGGUUUUGGGGCGUUCCUAAACCCCUUGAGAAGACACUCGUCCCCCAUCUCUGCUCUGCAUCGCCUUCCUCAACUACGGAAAGGAUGGCCCUAAGUACAAUUUCGUCCCAGUUACGGUCGAUAAAAGACGCUCUGAAUGCUUCUACUGACCCCGAGCCCGGCAGGCGACGGCCAUUGACGCGUCCCUCAUUGCUAUUUGAUCCUAGAGCCGCGGCCGAUGUCGAUGCCGAGACCAUUCUCCAGUUGGCUCUAUCUGGUUUGGAGGUGCUAAUAACUAUGGAGGAGAGAUUCAGGAGUUACAAAGACGAUUUAUUCAGUCAGCAGAGUAAAGAACUGGACAGGGAUUUGCUUGGCCAAGAAGAGAACACAAGAAUCAAUGCAAGCAUUUGUUCUUAUUUGCGGCUGCUUUCUGGUUAUCUCGAGUUGCACUCUGCGGUGAAGACAUUGGAGUAUUUAAUUCGCAAAUACAAGAUUCAUGUAUACAAUACAGAAGACUUUAUUUUAUGCGCAUUGCCCUACCAUGUCACGCAUACAUUUGUUCAGAUAGUGCAAUUAAUUGACACAGGUAAUAGUAAAUGGAAGUUUCUUGAUGGAGUUAAAGCAACGGGUGCAUGGCUGCCAAGGGAGGUCAUUGUGCAGCAGUGUAUUCGAGAUAUGGGGGUUUUGGAAGCUAUAUGUAAUUAUGGAUUACCCGUGAAGAAGAAUCUACCAUCAAAGCCUGUGGUUGGAUUCUGCACUGCAGUUGUUUUUGAGGUUUUGGGACAAGUUACCGUUGAUAAUAAUUUUGUGAAGAGGAUUCUUCCUUAUGUAAGUUCUGGAAUGCAACAUGGUGCCAGAAGACUAAAUCAGAAGGCUGGGGCUCUUAUGAUUGUGAGUUUGCUAGCCCAAAAAGCAACCCUGGCACGAAAUGUUGUCAAAACCUUGUUGCAUUCUGUGGCUGAUGUAGCUAGGGAAGAAUCAAAGGAAAGAGGUGAUUUGCAGUGGCUGCGCAUGUCAAUGAUGACUAUAAUAACCAUUGUGCAGUUUCAAUCUGUGGAGAUGAUCCCGAAGAAGACUCUAGAUGUGUUAAAUGAAAUCAGGGAUUUAUUAGGGAUUCUUUUACAAUUGACCAAGGACUUCAACACCGAUAAGUUCUCAGCUGUCUUUCUGGAUUCUUUAUUAGAAUACAGUACUUGUGAUGAGCUCUGUCAUCAGACUCUAUUGGGAGUGAUAAAGACUCUUCCUAUUAAAGCAUAUGUUAACCACACAGUUGCUAGACUUCUUGCCAUGGGCAUGAAGAUAUCAGAGGGCAAGUUGAUUAUGGCAUCAUCGGAAUCAGGUAGCCAAGUCAAAAAGAUUUUGGUUUCCAUUUGCCAGAAAUAUCCGAGUGAAUCACGCGAAGCCUUUCAUAGUUUCACGAAGGAUGCUAAGACUCAGUCCAAUAAAGUCCUAUCAAGCUAUGAUUUACUCUGCAAUAUAUUCGAUGAAGAUUUGGACACAUCACUGGAAUUUCACUCUCCAAAGUUGUUUUUUGCUUUGGAAAGUUCGGAGGCCGAGACCCGAAGAUUAGGAGUUUUGGGCUUGGAUGUAGCCAGUGUACUUUUGGAGAAAGCUUCUGGCUCAAAGAAAUUUGAUGCAAUUCGGGAUGCAUUGAUCCGGCGGAUUUACGAUGAGGAUCUAAAUGUUGUGCUGGCAGUUCUCAACUUGAAGAGCAUGCCUGAAAUAUUAGAUUCGUCAAAUCUGAGUGAAGCACUCCAGCAUCUGCUUAAAAGAUGCACCGAUGUCCUACUUUCAAGUGUAGCCACAAAUGCAGCUCUCCCCAGGGAUGUUGCUUUAUUGUGCCUGCAACAAGCUGUUACAAAUUUCAAAGAUCAUAGGGAAAUAGCACCAUCUUUAGCAACAGCUAUCUUCCCUCUGCUUUUAAUUCGAUCGAAGACCCAGAAAUAUAAUUUGAAGGCUUUGGAACUGGCUAAAGAAAUUCAAUGGCCUUUCUAUGAGGACCUUGUCCUUGUUCCAUGUUCAGAGAAGAAACGCGACCUUGCGCAGAUUUCCUCAAUUAAUUGUGAAAAUAUAAAGAAGUUCACCGAAAAAUUUACAUCACGCCUCGAGGAGUACAUGCCUUGGCUUGUUAAAUGCUGUGGUUACCAUGAAAUCUCAAAAACAAUAUUCUUUUUGGUUCUGUUUCAGUCACUGGAAAUGUUGAAAAGAGAUGAUGCCCAGCUUUCCAAAAUUUUCUGUAGUUUCCCAAUUCUAAAAAAUGAGUGGGAAAUGCUCGAGUCCCAGGGGAUAUCUACAGAGAUGAGCAAGAAAAUAAAUUUGGGUGGUGAUGUUAAAGGAAUCCUAGAAGAUAUUGACAUGGAGAUCAAUGAUAUAAAUACUGAGGUUCUGGCUUGUUUGUUUUGGAGGUUCUCUGAAACUUUGAUUGCAACAGCACAUGAGGAUAUGCCUUCUUUGGAUACAGAAGGAAAAUCUAAAGGCAUGCUUCAGGACCUGUUUUUGUUCUUUGUAUGUCACUCUAAAGAUAUUUUCAGAAAACAUCUGGAAUACCUUUAUGCAAAGUGCAAGUUCUCUAUCACUGAAAUAAUGUUGAAACAGCUUACAGAAGAAGGAGCUCCCUAUGCUGCUCAAAUCGAGAACCUUCAUUUUUUCUCACAUGUUUGUUCCCAGCUAGAUGAAAGUUCUUCCCGUAAACUGCUUGAUGGUUUCCCUUCUUUUCUUGUUCCACUAUCAUGUGAUAAUCAGAAUGUACGGAUGGCUGCCAUGAACUGCAUUGAAGAGCUGUAUACAUUGUUGACCAAUAUUGUUGGCAGGAAUGGCAAUAUUGAAAAUUGGCUGGAUUUUCUUGGAGAGCUGUUUCCCCUAAUGAUCCAGCAAAAAAAGUUGAUUUUAUCAGACAUAAAUGUUCUGGUUUCUCUCUUGAAGUCAUUUUUCAGUUCUUCUGACAGUCUUCUGGUGCAAAAAGCUAUUGGCAAGAGGUUUGAUGAUUCCACCAAACGUAAAAUCUUGGAAUCCAUGGUCAACUAUGCACUUAUGCUUCCUCCUCAUGCAAAGUUCAAUGUUCUUUCGUUGGUCAAAGGUGCGGGGAGUAAACUUGUUUCUGUUCCUGGGGUGAAAUUAUUAUUAGCUGCACUUUUGAAAAGAUGCAAUCAGUUAUCACCAAGUGAGCUUGAUCUGUUAUGCCUUCUACUGGAGUGCUUCACUAAACCUACUUCAUCUCCUGAUGCACAUGGCUUGGGCAACUUAGUAUUGGAAGCUUUGCAGGAAUUUGGUGGUGCAGUGGGAUCUGCAAUUGUGAAACCAUGCCUUAUCAUUUUGAGAAAUCUUAGCAGUUUGUAUGGAGAUAUGAAUGCUGAGAUUCAGGAGAAUAUCUUCAGAAAUCUCUUGGUCUUGUUCAGAAGUGCCAAUGGUGAUAUACAAAAUUCUGCUAGAGAUACCUUGUUACAAAUUAAUUUAGAUUGCUCAAUGCUGGCGAGGGUUCUUGAUUCCAUUUUGAAUUAUAAAGCUUCUACUGCUGUUUCAUCACAUCGGAAGAAGCGCAAUAAAUCAGUCAAACCUCAACAUCCUGACCAGGCUGCAGGCCAUGGCAGGGAAAACAUUCUUCAUUUGUUGAGUGCUUUUCUUGAUGUGUUGCUGAUGAAGAAAGACAUUGAAAACAGAGCUUCUCUUGUUGGCCCUUUAUUUAAGCUGCUCCACAUAAUUUUCCUUGAUAAUGAGUGGAUGGUUAAAGCUACAGACCAAGAUUCUUCUCCAACUGAAUCUGGUACAACAGCUUACAUCCAACAGACUCUGCUGUUGACUGUGGAAGAUAUUUGUGCUUCAACUAAAAAUGAUAUCCAACAGAAAGAUCCCUUCCCGUUAUUAGUCAGUUGUGCUCGUUCCUCGCGCGACGCUGUUACUUGCAACCAUGUGUUCUCACUGAUAACCACUCUAGUAAAAAUCAUGCCAGAUCAAGUCUCGGACCAUGCUUUGGAGGAUAUUCUCACAGCUGUUGGAGAAACUACUGUGACUCAGUUUGAUAGCUACUCUCAAAGUGUAUUUGAAGGCCUCAUAUCAGCUAUUAUACCCUGCUGGUUGUCUUCAAACAAGGAUAUGGAUCAAUUGCUCCAGAUUUUUGUGGAUAUAUUGCCUCGAGUUGCAGAACACAGGAGACUUUCAAUUAUUAAGCACGUAUUGAGGACUCUUGGGGAGGGUGAAAGUUUGGGGUCGUUGCUCUUCCUCCUGUUCUGCACAUUAGUGUCAAGAAAAGCUUUAAGUAGUCUCCUUGAUAAUGACCAUACUUUUGAUAACCUGACUUUUGCCAUCAGUAAGCAGUGGGAGUAUGAAUUUGCCACACAUCUUUGUGAGCAGUAUUCAUGCACAAUUUGGCUUCCGUCUCUUGUACAAGCACUUCAAAAAAUCAGGAGCAAGACAUUGAGUGAAAACACAAUCAUGCAAAUAUUUGUUGCAAGGCAAUUUGUGGCGGACAAGCUGCAAGAUUCUGAAAUAUCUGAUAAGCUUUUGUUAGAUGAUGGUUUAAACAGUAUUCAGACAACAUUUGGUGAACUCGUGGAGGAAGUUGUAUAUCACCUGCAAUUGGUUGACAUGAAAAAGAAGCAUGUUGGUGUUCUGGUUGUUCUGAAGACUGAACUGAAGGAGCAUAUCAGAGAUGUUUUGAAAACCCUCACAAAAAGCCUCCAGCCUUUUGCCUAUUUUGAAGUAAUUGGUAAAUUGAUCGGUCAUGAUGACAAAGACGUGACGAAAAAGGCUCUUGGUAUAUUAUGUGAGACCAUGAAGAACUUGGGGGAAAAUCCGAAAACCAAGAAGAAAGGUUCAGUUUCUAGUGUGGAAAACGCAUGGAUUCAUUUGGAUAGCAAUUCGCUCGUAUCAUUUAACAACUUAUGCAUGAAGAUUCUGGAAUUAGUCAAUGUGGCUGAUGAUGUCUUAAGUAACUCCCUGACAAUGGCAGCAGUAUCUGCAUUGGAAGUUUUGGCGAACGUGUUCCCUUCACAUGAUGGGGUCUUUAUCAGAUGCCUUGGAUCUGUUUGCCAACGGAUCUGUUCUGGCAAUUCUGCCCUUUCUAGUCAUUGCCUUCGGGCAACUAGUGCUUUAGUUAAUGCACUUGGGCCGAAGGCAUUGCCAGAACUUCCAACCCUUGUGGAAUGUGUCCUGGGGAAAUCUAAGGCUGAUGUCUCUUCGAGCUCAGCAGAUGCACUGUUCAUGUCUAUUCUAUUGACCUUAGAGGCAGUAGUUGAUAAGCUUGCUGGAUUUUUAAAUCCUUACUUGGGAGACAUUUUAAGACUCGUUGUGUUGCAUCCACACUUGUCUUACUCCCCAGAGCCAAAGCUGAAAACAAAGGCGGAAUCCGUGCGCAAGCUUAUAACUGAAAAAAUCCCAGUUCGGCUUCUGCUCCCACCCGUGUUGUCCAUGUACAUUGAUGCUAUUAAAUUUGGGGAGUCAAGUUUAUCAAUUGUUUUUGAAAUGCUGAGCAACAUGGUCGGCACAAUGGAUAGAUCAUCUAUCAGCAUCUAUCAUGUGAAAGUUUUCGACCUGUGCCUGCAGGCUCUUGAUCUGCGCCAUCAGAAACCUGCUUCUAUUCGGAACAUUGAUGCAGUUGAACAGAAUGUCAUUAAUGCUGUUGUUACACUCACUAAGAAACUCACAGAGACGAUGUUCAGGCCGCUUUUUAUCAAGACCAUUGAGUGGUCAAGUAUGAUUGCCGAAGAAGGUUCGGAUAAUGCCCCUGAAAAAGCUAUUAGCCGGGCCAUCGCAUUCUUCGGCUUGGUAAACAAACUUGUGGAAAGCCAUCGGUCACUAUUUGUCCCAUACUUCAAGUACUUGCUCAAUGGAUGUGUUCGAGGCCUUUCCGGGGAUGCAGGUUCACAGACUGGCUCGACACGGAAGAAGAAGAAGGCGAAGCACGGCAAUGAAACGAAGGACCAAGACAGCACACUAUCUCUAGAAGCCUGGCAUCUUAGAGCCUUGAUUAUAUCAUCUCUGCAUAAAUGCUUCCUCUACGAUACUUCAAGUUUGAAAUUCCUCGAUUCUUCUAAUUUCGAGGUACUUCUGAAACCUGUUGUGUCACAGCUCGCUGUCACUCCUCCAGCACAAGUGGAGGACUAUCCCGAUGUUCCAUCGGUGGAAGAAGUGGAUGAGCUUCUCGUUGCAUGUGUUAGUCAGAUGGCAGUUGCAGCUGCUUCCGACCUUCUGUGGAAGCCACUGAAUCACGAGGUGUUGAUGCAAACUCGAAGCGAAAAGAUUCGGGGUCGAAUAGUGGGGCUGAGGAUCAUAAAAAGUGUGGUGGAGAAGCUGAAGGAAGAAUAUCUGAUAUUCCUGCCGGAGACGAUACCGUUUGUGGCGGAAUGGCUGGAGGACAUGGAGCCGACUGUGAGGUCUCUUGCACAGGAGAUUAGGAAGGAGAUGGAGACACUCUCUGGAGAAUCACUUGCUGAUUACUUCUGAAACUACAUAUACAAGUAAAUCUCUCUUUUCUCUCUCUCUCUCUCUCUCUCUCUCUCUCUCUCUCUCUCUCUCUCUCUCUCUCUCUAUAUAUAUAUAUAUAUAUAUUGGAUUCACCAUUUUUGUAGUUUUUAGUAGAACUUUGCUUGGGUUAUGUUUCUGUAUUAUAUGAUUUCUCUAUAUUUUGAAAUUUGAUGGUGUACUUGUUUUUAUGA